GGUUUCCCGACGCCCAAGAUCACUUGGCUCAAAGACGGGAUCAAACUCCACCUGAGCAGCCGCUACAAGCACAGUCUCGACGCAGACGGACGCUGUCGUCUCGUCGUCCAUUCGCCCUGUGUCGGCGAUUCGGGCCAGUACACUUGCGUCGCCCAGAAUGCAUCGAGAAAGGACGAGAUUUCCAGUUUCGUCGUAGUUCCAGAACACGUUUGGAACAAUAGCGAGAAACGGAUGAAGACGGUCCCGAGUCAUGGUGGAUAUUCUGGCAGUGCGGAAUUCUACCGCCGCCAAGCUGAGCGUGAUAAGAUCGCGUCUUCGGGAGACGGUCACGGCUUUGACGCGGCCCGUUACGAUGGAAUGGGUGUUCCAGAUGACUCGGCCCAUUUCGUCUUGUUACCCGAGAGCACGCUGACCGUCGGCAGGGAUCGCGAUCUUGUCAUCCAGUGUCGCGUCCGAGGACAUCCACGACCUAAAGUGACAUGGUUGAAAGGCAUCCGAGACGUGGCCGAAUCUGGACGAUCGUGCAUCGAGAUGGACGGCGACUCGUACCGUUUCGUCCUGAAGAAAGUCAAUUACGGCGACGGUGGGACGUACAUCGUCAAAGCCAGCAACUGCCACGGCAGCCAGAAAGCCUACUGCACGGUCCGGGUCAAGGAAGCGGCCAAUUCUUCCGAGUGGGACUUCAAGGACGCGGAAACGAGCCUCAACGAUCUGUCCGAACGUCGAGUCAGGCGAUUCAACAAAGAUGUUCCAGGUCCGGUUGCUGCACCUCCGAUGGCAACUGUCAGCGGUAAAAAUGUCGUGUCGCUUAGCUGGCCCAAACCGAAUUACACGGGCGGGGCACCUAUUUUAGCUUACAAAGUGGAAGCUUGGCUCCUUGGCGAAGGAGCCAUAUGGAUAGAGGUAGCCAUGACGUGUAUUACGAGCACGGACGUGUACAAUUUGAAACCGGAACGGGAGUACUUGUUCCGCAUCACGCCGCGCAAUAAAUACGGAUGGGGUGAAUCUGUGGUCUCUUCGACGCCCAUCAAAACGGUCAGCCGCACCGGUUUGCCUCACUUCCAUCGGCCGCUGCACCCGCAAAUCAAGGCGCUGGAACACACGGACGUUGAACUGCUGGCCGAGGUGACGGGCGAGCCGAUGCCGGACGUCGAAUGGUACCGCGACGGCACCAAAUUGGACGGCGUCAAGCAGCCGCGCUACGAGCUGCGCUCCAUCCGCUCGGAUUGCCGCCACGCCCUGACCAUCCACGACGUCCAGAUGGAGACAGACGACGACAGCAAGUUCACGUGCGAGGCCGUCAAUCCGGCAGGAAGAGUCUCCACGUUCAGCCGUGUCCUCGUCGUGACGGACCAGCGUGUAGCCGAAGCCGACGCCCUUUUCAGACAGCAGCUGGAUGGUCUGAGUGGCAAUGACAGCGUCAUGAUGGCGCCGCAAUUCACGAUGAGGCCUCGCGACCGUCGCGUUCAACUGACCUUUCCCGUCCGACUCACUUGCCAACUGAUUGGCCAUCCCAAACCGGACGUCACCUGGUAUCACAACGGCAGCGCCAUCAUCAUCGGCCACGAUGAGCGUCACAGUUACAACGUGGACGGCAAUUUCCACACGUUGGAGAUUGCGACCACGAAAUUCGACGACGCUGGCAUCUACAGCGUCCAAGGCCGCAAUUCCUCGGGCGCGGUGGGCUGCCAGUGUUGCCUGGUGGUGGACGGAGGUAUCCGAGCCUACGUCAUGCCCUUUUUCACGCACGAACUGGAAGAGCGCACCGUGGUGGAGGGCGGGACCUUUUCGCUGAUCGCCCGCGUCGAAGCCUACCCGGCCGUCGGGGUCCUCUGGCAUCGGGACGGGAUCCGCCUUCGUCCUUGCCGCCAGUACGACAUGCGACUGGACUCGGACGGUUCUGUGGCGUUGGUCGUGUCGGGCGCCUCGGCCCGGCGCCACGCCGGCGUCUACACGUGCACCGUCACCAACGAAAUGGGUCAGGUCUCGUCUAGCGCCCGCGUCACCAUCCGCCAACGGCCAUUAGCGAUUCCAUCAUCAUCAUUGGACGCCAUCACCUCCGAUCACGACAACAUCGGGGAGACGUCGUUGGCGCCGCGUUUCGUCCAGAAACCGACCGAGUACGUCGAAGGUGAUUCGUUGGUCGUCGUCUGCGAGGUGCUCGGCGAUCCUAAACCCGAGGUCAUCUGGCUGCGUGACUGGCUCAAUCCGCGGGAUAACCAAGACGCUGACCGUUUCGUGAGCCAGGCAGACGCACCCCUUUACAAGCUCACCGUCCCCUGCGUUCAAUUGGAUUUCUCGGCAACGUAUUCGGUCGUUGCGCGCAACAUUCACGGAGAAGCCAAAGCCGCCAUUUCUCUCCAAGUCUACGUUCACGGAGGACAAGGACGACAAGGUUCUUCGGAAACUGUUGGAUCUUCUGCAUCGGCGGGACGUUCGACGACAUUCAGCCGCGUCCUUUCGGCGCCAACCGUCGUCCAGCCAUUGAGACACUUGCGCUGUUGCGACGGUGAUACCGUCACCUUCGAAUGUCGCUUCAACGGCCAGCCUGAAACAGCCGAUUCGCUUCAAAUCAACUGGCUCAGAAGCGGCAAACUGCUGCGUUUGUGCAAAGAUUUCUCGACGGAGGUGAAGGCUGAAGAGGGCGUCGUAAGGCUGUCCAUCCGGCGCGUCUACCCGGAAGACGAAGGCGAAUACACGUGCGUGGCCUACAACCAACUGGGCAGCGAUUCGACAUCCGCCUGCCUCAUCGUCGAUGUGGCUGACGAUAAGGAGAACGACCUGAUGGUUCAGCUGGACUCGCGACCGGCCGGCACCGUGUCGGCGCGCGCCACUCCGCGCACCACGCCCAGAACGACACCUUCGCGCACGCUCCGUUCCCUCUCGCCCAUCAAUUCCAAAGCAGCGACUCAACAACAACAACAGCAGCAACAACAACAACAGAAGAGCCGAGUGCGCAAAGUCCCGCCGAAAUUCUAUUCGGUCCCGCACAACAAAAUCGCCGAGCCGGGCGAAACGGUCCGCUUCCAGUGCAACGUCGGCGGCAAUCCGUCGCCGCGCGUCACCUGGGACAGGGACAACAUCUCCAUCAAACCCGAGAGCAUCCUGCCGGCCGGUCGGGUCCGGUUCGAGGAGAAAGAUGACGUCCGCGUCCUCGAGAUCCGCAACGUGACUAGCGAGGAUGCCGGAUUGUACCGGAUCACGGUGGAGAACGAAUUAGGGCGAAUCCAGGCCAACGCCCGACUGGACAUCCUUAGCCGAUCGAGCGGCAGUCGUUCCAGCGGAUUCAUCCGCUCCGGAUCGGCCGCGUCGGCCGGUAGAGGCGCUUACUAUUCGCCGCUGAGCGGAUCGAGCGCCGCCCGAUUGGCGGCCAGGUCUCUGGCCAUGUCGAGCUCCUCGUAUCUCCGCGGCUCAUCCACUCCGCGCUCUGGCGGCGGACGAUAUCACGCCACGUCGGACAUGGACGGAUCGAGUGGCGAUGGCGUGGCUGCAAAGACCAAAGCGUCCAAUCAACAGCCCGUUUCGUUCGUUCAACAAUUGCCCAGUCGGAUGCGAGUGAACGAAGGUGAUGCCGUCGAAUUGCAAGUCGCCAUUACAGGUACGCCACCGUUGAAGGUCGUCUGGGUGCAGAAUGACGUGAUUUUGGUCGACUGCCCGGAAUUCCGGCACAUCGACUACGGCAAGGGCCGUUACGGCCUGCGACUGGCCGACGCUUUUACUCACGACAGCGGCGUCUAUUUUUGCGAGGCUUACAACCGUCACGGAGACGCCGAGUCUUGGUGUCGUCUCAUCGUCAGCGAGCCCACCGACAAACUCUUCGCCGAGACGUCGGCAGAGGCGUCGACGACCUUGGCCUACUCGAGCGCCAACACGGCCUCCAUUCGAACGCACAACGAUGAAGAAGAAGAAGAAGAAGAAGAUAAUAAUAAUAAAAUGCUGAACGUCAUGGACGACCGAGUGGCCGACUAUCGCGACGACGAGGACGUGUUCAGUUCUACCAGCAAAGAGGAUUUGACGUACGAGUCGGACCACAGUAAACUUAACGACGAGCUGGACAAUCCGUUCCAGGUGGCGGCGCAGAUCGUCAAAGGACCCGUCAGCGUCUCGACGCUCGUCGGCUCUACCGUCCUCCUCGAAGCCCUGAUUAUCGGCCGGCCAGAGCCCACAGUCCGUUGGCUCAAAGGGGGCAAAGAACUUGUGGAGAGCGAUCGGGUGGAAAUGCGACAAGUGGACGGAGUGGCGACGCUGAGUUUGCACAAAAUCACGGCCGACGACAGCGGCAAGUACAUCGUCAUGGCGGAGAACACGUUCGGCAUGGACUGCCACUACGCGUCGCUGGCCGUUGAAGGGAUGCGGACAAACAAAACAGGACCGCCGGAUCCGGGUGGCAAGCCGACCAUCUGCGAAGUCAAAGCCGACAGUCUGACGCUGACGUGGUACGGCUCCGUCUACGACGGCGGCUCCGUCAUCACCGGCUACCUGGUGGAAAUCGGCGAAACUGGCCAGCCGUGGCGAGUCCUCACCUCAGAGUGCAACUCGACCUCGUACGUGAUUCACGGCCUGGCGCCCCAACGGACCUACCAGUUCCGCGUUCGGGCCAAAAACAUUCACGGCAGCAGCGAGCCCAGUUGCCCGUCGGAUCCGCUCCUCUUCUUGCCGCCGUCGGUCGUUGAGAGGCGAGACAAGGCCGUCGUCAUCGACCGCGAAGAGAAAGACCAUCAGAUAAUCGUCGGCCAACCAGACGACCCGCGCGAUUACGACCGAGACGAUGACGACGACUCUCACGCUCCCCAAUUCGAACACUGUCACGUCACAGUGCAGCCGGGUGAACCCCACUUUCUGGAAAAGUACACGGUUCACGAAGAGGUAGGCAAAGGCCGUUUCGGCGUCGUUUACCGGCUGGUGGACCGGGCCAGCGGCGCUCUCAGGGCGGCCAAAUACGUCCGAUGCAUCAAAGCGGCGGACCGCGAGAAAGUUUACCAGGAGGUGGCCAUCAUGAACAAGUUGAGGCAUCCGAAACUUUUACAACUGGCGGCCGCCUACGAUUGCCCCAAAGAGAUCAUCCUCGUCACCGAAUACAUUUCCGGCGGGGAAUUGUUUGAACGCGUCGUGGCCGACGAUUUCACUCUGACCGAAAGGGAUUGCAUUCUGUUUAUGCGACAAAUAUGCGAAGGGGUCGGUUACAUGCAUUCGAAGAGCAUCGUCCAUCUGGACCUCAAGCCGGAAAACAUUCUGUGCCAAAGCCCCAAUUCGCAUCGAAUCAAACUCAUCGAUUUCGGUCUGGCCCGUCAGUUGGACCCCGACACGCCCGUUCGUGUCUUGUUUGGCACGCCGGAGUUUAUCGCUCCGGAAAUUGUCAGCUACGAGCCCAUCGGAUGCUCCACUGACAUGUGGUCCCUCGGAGUCGUCUGCUACGUCCUAUUGUCGGGAUUGUCUCCGUUCAUGGGCGACAACGACGCCGACACUUUUGCCAACAUCACGUCUAGCGACUACGAUUUCGACGACGAUGCCUUCGCCGCCAUCUCGUCGGAUGCCAAGGAUUUCAUUUCCUCGUUGCUCGUCAAACGGCCAGAACUCCGACUGUCGGCCGAGGCUUGCCUUCAACACAAGUGGCUGGCCCAGGCUAAAGACGCCAUGAAUUCCGUCAAAUUGCCAACGGACCGGCUCAAAAAGUUCAUCAUCCGCCGCAAGUGGCAGAAAACUGGAACUGCCAUCCGAGCUUUGGGCCGUAUGGCCAGCUUGUCGUCUUCGCGACGCAAUUCGUCGUCGUCAUCGACUGGCCGGCGUUCGUCUCGAAUGGACUCGCUGUGCGAGGAAGAACAAGGCUCGGUCUUUAGCAGCGGUUCCAGUUCUCGAAUGGUGGCCACCAGUUCGCUGACGGCGCCCACCAAUGGCGCCGACCCCGUAACCCGCAUCCGUAGCCCCAGUUUACCUGUCGUGACUCACCCUUGUCAAUCGUCCGGCUCCACUCCCGGCAUCGCUCGCAGCCGCAGUCCCAGUCUUCCCGCUACCGGUCCGGCCAUUGAAUUGCCGGACAGAAGCCCGCCGGCUACGAUCAACGUCAAUAGCUCGCCGCGACGGGCCUAUUACGCCGAUCGGAGCGACAGCGGCAUCAGCGAUUGUUCCAAUCACUCGUCGAUGCUCCUGUCCGGCUCUUACAUGCCGGCCCUCAUCCAGGAAGAGGAGGACGACGAGUAUUGUGGCAACGAGAGCGCGUUAACUAACGGCUGUUCUUCUUCUUCCGAUCGAUUGACAGGAGGAGCCUUCGUGGCGCAGAAGAGUGGCGGCCAUAGCGGCCAAUACGCUCUUAAGGGUAAGGGCGUAGUCAGCAGUCGCCAUUCGCUCGAUUCGGCCAUUGACGGAGAAUAAGAAUAACGUAAAACAAAAAAAAUCAUUAACGAAUACGAAUAAACAAAGAAGACAAACACAUGGCGAUGGAAGAGCCCCGAAAAUCGUCGCGAAAACCUACAACAACAAAAUAACAUUAAAAAACAAACAAAAACACAUAUAUUAAUAAUAAAAUGCAUCGUCUCGGUGGAAUUUGCUUCGUUUCUUGCUGUAGAUUUGACCGUAUGUAGAAGCAGCAGCAGCCAUAUGUACAAUGUGUCAUAGGUGUGUCAUUCUCUCUCUCUCUCUCUCUAUCUCUCUUGUUUUCUCCUGUGUUUUGAUUUAGCUUCGUAAGAUUACCCUUCACUCCCUCAUAGUUUAUUGUAUUUUAAUUUUUUGUUCUACUGCUAGAUGUUUCAAUUGGCUCCUUUUUUUCUCCCCCUCUUUCCCGUUGCCCCCACCGCUUUCAAAAAUUUACAUCUGAAUUAUUAUUUAUAAUCAUUUUUUUCUUCUUCUUCUUCUCACGGAGUUAUUGAUUCUCUCUACCCGUCUAUCUCUCUCUCUCUCUCUCUCUCUCUCUCUCUCUCUCUCUCUCUCUCUCUCUCUCUCUCUCUCUCUCUCUCUCUCUCUCUCUCUCUCUCUCUUUAUA